CAGCGCCAGAGAGCGCGUGCCCGAGUCUUCUGAGGAGAGCCACCGCCAUGUCGUGGAGACGCUGUGUGUUUCGAUGCGAAAGAAAAAGCACUCUGUUUGGUCUCCCAAAAGAGGACAAAAGGAGGAAUCUGUGGCUGAGUUUUAUUUACAACGCUGUUCCUGAUGAGUACAACACCAACAUUCGAGUUUGUGCUGCGCACUUCGUGGAGGAUAGUUUCCUGAACCUGGGGGAGUACAAGGCCGGCUGCACGCAAAGGCUUUUGCUCAAAAGCGGGGCGAUUCCAACGAUACAGGGACAGUCAGGCGCCGCGGGGUCAAAGCCUAGCACCUCGCAGCAGGUCCUCGGUUUAGAGCAGUUAUCCACUUCCUCCCGAAGUCAUAGCGCUGAGUGUAUGAAAGCUCUGCCUCCGAAGACGCGAUCUGUGGGCACACAAGUGUCUUUGGAUGCGCUGCAGGAAACCAACGCCUGGACAAAAGCCCCUUUAUUCACGCCACACAAAAGGCCCCGUCUUGAGUUGGACGAAGAGGAGCGACACAGAGAUGUUUCUCAAAGCUCAACCGAGCCGCAUGAAUCGGAGCACAGCCCGGACAAAUGCGCUGUGACGGACGAGUCCCGAUUACGGGAGCGGACCACGUACAGCGUGUCCAAAUACAUUGUUUUCGAAAGCUGCCUCCGAGAGCUUUUUGAAACGUGUCCUCUUUGCAAAACCAAGUGUGCCGUUCGAUGCCGACGAAUGGGCAGCUACGUGUCGUUCACGCAGCACUGUCCGGGGUGCAGCUAUCACCGAGAGUGGGAGAGCCAGCCGGUCGUCGGAAGUACUCCCGUUGGAAACCUGCUGGUGUCUGCGGCUACGUACUUCUGCGGUGCGUCCUUCUUUCAAUUCGAAAAGAUUUGCAAGGCCAUGCAGCUCCACAUCAUCCGCUACGAUGCAUUUAAGAGGCAUGCUAGGAACUACCUAGAGCCUGCUGUGAUACACAAGUGGAACUUGGAUCAGAAAAGUCUUUUCAGGAAGCUGCGAGGAGGAGGAAAGGCUGCAGUUGCUGGAUAUAUGAGGGCUGAUAAACAGGGACACUCUGGAAAAUAUGGCAGCUACACCUUGAUUCACCUGGACAGCAACACUGUUCUUGACAUGCAGCUUAUUCAGAGCAACGAGGUGGGCGGUGGCUACCACAUGGAGAAGGAGGGCUUGAGGCGCUGUCUGGAUCAUCUGGAGGCUAACGGUUUGCCGGUGGAGUACGUCGUGACGGAUCGUCGUCUGCAGAUCCAGAAGUUUCUUGGAGAGCGCAACGUCGCGCAGUUCUACGAUGUGUGCCGCUUCGAAAAAGGUUUGUUUAAAAAGCUGGACAAACUUUCACAAAAAAAGGGGUUUGAAAUAUUGAAGAAGUGGCUGCGCAGCAUCAAGAAUCAUGUUUACUGGUGUGCUACGUCGUCUACUUCUGGUCCUGAGAAGGUGGCCAAAUGGACUUCCCUGCUCAACCACAUCCAAAAUAUACACAUCCACAAGAACCCAGAAUUCCCGAAGUGUGCACAUCCAGACCAAGUGUCCAGAGAUCCCAAAAGAUGGUUCCAACCAGGGUCAGCGCCUCUUCACAAAGUGGAAAAGAUCCUGAACAAUAAGCGAGUCCUAAAGGAUGUGGAAAAGCUCAGUCACCAUUACCAGACUUCUCCUCUAGAGGCCUUUCAUAAUGUCAUCCUGCGUUUUGCCCCCAAGAGUGCCAUUUUUCCUUUCAUUGAAAUGUUGUGCAGGUUGUACCUUGGAGCAAUGCACUACAAUGAAAAUGGAGACUGUGUGCCGGCAACGGCUACUACUUCAGCACAACCUAUGCACAAAGUUGUUUUUCCAAAGCCAAAGAAGGGUGCAUGCACUGCAAAGCCACUUAAAACAGCCCCUUCAUAUGACUAUGUAGCUGACUUGAUGAAGCUGGUCUUUGAAGACGUGUUUGAAGACCCUGCACCAUUUAUAGAGGAGCUAAAACAAAUCCCCAUUCCUACGACCCUGUCUCAGUAUGACAGACUUAUAAAGGAGGAAGUUGUUGGCUGCCACAUCUCACGCUUCAGUCAAGAGCCGGGCGAGAGCCUACAAACUGUGCAUCCGGGAGCUCCUUCCGAAUCCAAAGGACAGGGAAAACAACUCUGAUGUUCUGUCCUAAAUAGCCCCAGCUUACAAAGCUUGGAUGGGUGAGAUAUUGGUCCUGUCCUUAAAGAUAGACCUUAACACCAAUAUUUUUUAUGUCCCUUGAGAAUGUGUACAUAUACACCUUUUUAAUAUUUUACAACAAAUAAAUAUUUUGGAGUAAAUGCA